AUGUUUUGAUUUUAUUUUCUACCGUGUUCUUUAACCCCUUCUCUACGCAACAAUUUCUCAAUCAAUUUCCCUCAUUUCCAUUAUCAUCAUCUUCUAUCCCAAUUUUUUGUUUCUUCCAUUCGGUCCAAUAAUCUUCCAACCGUUUUCCGCUUUUUAUAUGGUUUUGUAUCACUUUAUUCUUUCCAGAUAGAUAACACGAGAAUUAAAGGAAGGAAAGGAAUUGAGAUUAGAAUUGGAAAAAUGAGAAGGAGACCUGGAAUAGGAGGGUUACAAACAGCUGCAGCAGCAAGAGAUCAAUAUAAGAAAUUGGGUGAGAAUGUUGCUAAGAUCAGAACUGAUAUGAUGAAGGAACAGCUUUCCACUUUUCGUUCUCAGCUCGAAGAUUUUGCUCGAAAACACAAGAAUGAUAUACGCAAGAACCCUGCAUUCAGAUCACAGUUUCAUGAAAUGUGUGCUAAAGUUGGAGUAGAUCCAUUGGCCUCGAAUAAGGGUUUUUGGGCUGAGCUAUUGGGAAUUGGUGAUUUCUAUUACGAACUUGGAGUUCAAAUUGUGGACAUUUGCUUGGCUACUAGACCCCUCAAUGGUGGAUUGAUCAACCUACAAGAACUCUCUCAACUCCUUCGCCAGAGAAGAAAAAGUGAUCGUGGAGUUGUUUCUGAGGAUGAUUGCCUGCGUGCUAUCAGUAAGCUGAAGGUUCUCGGUAGUGGGUUUGAAGUUAUUUCUGUUGGAAAGAAAAAACUUGUCCGUUCGGUUCCAACUGAGCUGAACAAAGACCACAAUGAAAUUCUUGAACUUGCCCAGGGUCAAGGAUUUGUGACUGUCGAUGAAGUAGAAAAGCGACUAUCUUGGAUUUUGGGCCGUGCCAUUGAUGCACUUGAUACAUUACUUGAUGAGGGACUUGCAAUGAUUGAUGAUGGCCACAAAGAUGGAAAACGACGGUACUGGUUUCCGUGUGUAUCCCCCAUUUCAUCUUUGACGCGAAUUGAUUCCUUGUAAAUUUGUUAGGAAAGAAUCUGAGGUCAUGUUUUUCAAGACCUUUGUUUAAUUGUUGUAAGCCUGUUAAUUGGUUAAUUCUGUACCACUUAAGAAGUUUAGAUUGGUUUCUAGGUAAUAAAUUUUUCAGUUGAAAUAAAUUUAUGGUUUUUCGCAAUGCGAAAAAUCCUUAGCUGAUAAACAUUUACGGAAAAGUCAAAUGAGAGUUUCUUAACAAAAUGGAAUACAGAAGCUAAUUUGAACUUA